AUGAACAGCGAUCUGCCAAUGUCUAGCGUGAGCAGUGGACGCAGUUUGGACUCGUACUGGUCGAGAAGUGGGGAGGCGCCCGUCCAGAGGUCUGACUCGUGGUCGCAGGUUUCGAGGGUGGCGAGUCUUGCCAGGACCGUUACGAUGACGGUUUCGGAUGUGAUAGAUGCGGUGCGCGACGACAACCAGCAGACGGAACGGGAUAGAGCCUCGGAUGACUUGAACAAAGUACUGGAGAGCCGGUUCGAUGUAGGGGAUGCCUUGAGAAUGGAGCAAAACAACGCUAGUGAUUCUGACCAAGAAGAGGUGGAGAGUCACGUUGAUGAAGUGACAAAACUGCCAUCAGAGGUCCCGGGGGGGAAAAGAGAGACGCUGGAGCGAGUGUUUACUAGCAAAGAGAAGGGUAAUGUAGUCGAUUUACCCCCCGAUAAGGGCUACGCCUGGGUGGUUGUCCUGUCUGUAUUUCUUGUGAUGUUCAACACAUGGGGUUGUAACUCUGCGUUUGGUGUGUUCCUAUCCUUUUUCUUAUCUCACGGUACUUUUGAAGGUGCCUCGAAAUACGAUUACGCUUUGAUCGCUGGGUUGACAGUCGCAUUGGGGCAAGGAUUUUCCCCCUUUGCAAUGAUCAUUAUGAGAGUCAUUGGGCUACGUACCACAAUGUUUCUUGGCUGCAUGCUAAUGCUUGCAGGGUUUCUACUGGCAUCAUUUGCUACAAGGUUGUGGGAGCUUUACUUGACACAGGGAGUACUAAUUGGCAUAUCCAUAUCUUUGAUUUUUGCUCCAGCAACGACUGUACUCCCAGGGUGGUUCUUAAAGAAGAGAGCAGUCUCAAUGGGGUUAUCUCUGUUUGGUACCGGUGCUGGUGGUGUUACGUUUGGUCUAGCGUCGGAAAAAAUGAUCGCUGACAGGGGGAACACUCGCUGGUGCUAUCGUAUGCUGGCAAUUACGUGCACAUGUGCCGUCUUGUUUGCCAUCUCACUCGUAAGGGAAAGACACCCAAUCAAGUCAGUUGGGCUGCGGUCAAUAAAGAAAGUAAAAAGAGAGGUCAAGAAGAUGUUUAAUUGGCAGGUGAUCAAACAGCCACAGGUUCUACUGAUCGCAGUCUGGUUCACUUUAGCGCUGUUGGCUUACAAUUUGAUGGUUUUCACUCUUGCGUCGUAUGCAGUUGCCCGAGGUAUGACUUUACACCAGGGUUCCUCCCUAACUGCAAUCUUAAACGGUGCGCAGGCAUGUGGCAGACCAAUUAUGGGACUCAUGGGAGACAGAUUUGGUAGAGCAAACGUGACAAUUGCUCUCACCUCACUACUGUGUAUAUACAUGUUUGCCUUCUGGAUCCCAGCGCAUACGUACCUCCAGUUGAUCAUGUUCUCCAUCAUGGUAGGUUCUUGCGUCGGCGUGGCAAACGUCAUGAAUACCGUUUUGAUCGCGGACAUGGUCAAACCGGACGAAUUCUUAUCCGCUUGGGGGUUUGUUAACUACAGCGGGUCCCCAGCAUUGCUAUGUUGCGAGGUUAUUGCACAAGCGUUGACAAAACAGGGGGUAUCCAAUCCGUACCUCCACACGCAGAUCUUCGCUGGUGUGUGCUUCUCCUCCGCGUGGAUCAUGAUCCUUGUGCUAAGAGAGUAUGCUGUUCGCUUGAAGCUGGAUCGAAGAAGACAAGAAAACGACAAGAAGAUGCAAGAACAUAUCGGCAAUAAACAAUUCGAGGAAGCGGACAGUGACUCAUCUGCUGAGCACUGGUCCACCCUUGAGAAACGUGAAAUCAAGUAUAAUUUCCUACUGGGGGGAGGCAUCAAGAGGUACUUUAUGAGACUAUCGUACCCUAUGAAGAUAUGA